AUGACCAAUACUCAAUGGCCUUUAUCACAGCCUCCUCUAUACGCAUUUUCGAACGUUACACGCGAGGAAUUGGAAUAUGCGGAGCUUGCAAUCAUCGAUAUUUCGAAGGCGUCUACCGAAACUGGUCGAGCAGAGCUUGCCUCCCAAGUGUACCAGGCUAUGAACCAGCAAGGGUUUUUCUACGUCGUGAACCAUGGCUACACCUCAGAGCAGACUUCCAGAAUCUUCAGCAUUGCGAAGAUGGCCUUUGACGAUGUUGACAAAUCAGAGAAGGAAUUAUACGUCGGGAAGUCUACCGAGGUCUAUCAGGGAUAUAAACCGAAGCAGACCUGGCUCAUCAACAAUAACAUCCGUGACCAAAUCGAGCAUUACAAUAGUUUGCUGACCUUUGCCCUUGACUUCGACGUUAGACUGACAUUAGCGAUGCUACUGACUCGGGGAUUGGAGCUUCCGGAACAUACCUUAGUCCGUCAGCACCAAUUCGACGCUGAAGGAGAAUCUGCAGUUCGAUUUAUGAAGUAUUUCCCUCGCACAGAAGAGGAAGAAGCAAAAACAAGGCAUGUGUGGUUGAAGGGACAUCAUGAUAUCGGAUGUUUAACCGUCCUCUGGUCUCAACUUGUCGGCGGCUUGCAAAUUUUAUCCCCCAAUGGCAAAUGGAGGUGGGUUAAGCAUAUAGACAACGCGCUGCUGAUCAAAGAACACCAGGUUAUAAACGCGGGAGAUGGACUGGACUUUUUGUGUGGGGGUUAUUAUCCUCCCACUCGCCAUCGAGUCAUCCGACCACCCGCCGAUCAAGCAAAAUGUACUCGCCUUGGAGUAUUCUACUUCUAUUUUGCGGAUGAUGACGUCCAACUCGUUCCGCACGCAGAAAGUCCCGUCUUACAAAGGGUAGGUAUUAAACAGUUUCUGAAACCUGGUGACGUUGCUCCGACUAUGAAGGAAUGGAGAAAGAAUCGAGUCAGAUCGUACGGACAUACAAAGCUGACAGAAGGAGCUGAGAAGGGCACAGAGGAGGAGAUCGUAUGCGGUGUCGUCGUAAAGCAUUAUACUUAG